UACCAUUACAUGACAUCUCUUUCUGCCCCUGUCUUCUAUUUGGUUCAAGAAUCAACCAAAAAUCAAGAUUCUUGACCUAUAUUCCUUUUCUUACAUCUCUUUUCACUUUGUUGGAGUCAUAAUCAUGGCUGAUUUCAUGUUGAGCUUUGUGAUUUUGUUAAACUUAGUGGUGGCUGCCCCUUCAGAUGCGGCCUACUGCCUGUGCAAGGCAGGGGUGAGCGACACCGUGCUGCAGAAAAACAUUGAUUACUCAUGCGGAAACGGAGCGGAUUGCUCAGCAAUCCUUCAAAAUGGAGCUUGUUACAAUCCUAACACUGUCAAAGAUCACUGCAGUUAUGCAGUUAACAGCUAUUUUCAGAGGAGAUCUCAGCUUGGUGCAACCUGUGAUUUUCAAGGGAGUGCUACUCUUUCCCAAACUGGCCCCACAGGUGUGCCCUCUGCAUGUGUUUACCAGGCAAGCCCAAGCACCGGCGGCACUGCGACUCCGACCACUGGUGGUGGCAACAUCACUUUCCCCGGCGCCCCAAUAGGAAGUACCGGUUCGGGCGACACCGGCCAUAGUGCUAGUGUGAGACUCAGUAGUUCAUCAAUGAUCGUUGUGUCCCUUCUUACCCUAAUAGGAGUAUCUCUCUAAGCAGAUUAAAUUUAGAAUUUGGGGCCCUUUCUUGUUUCUUUUAUUUUCUUUAUUAGUUUGUACUACUUUAUAGUGAAAGGGUAAAAAAAGUAGGGAAUUUGAUUCCCUUUUAUGGUCUCCUAUUUUCAGAAAUUUUGUAUGUACAAUGUACAUCUGGAUAGGGAGGCUGAAAAUUUAUUGAAAUUUACUUUUUUUUCU